GCGUGCCUUCCCUCGUACCUCACGGAUACCUUACCUUACCUUACCUUGCCUACUUCCAUCCACGUCUCCACCACCGACCACUCCUUCCCACCAACCAACCCACCUCGCGUUUCUCUAAACGGCGUGACAACAUCCUCCUUCUCCCACCUCUUGGGUACCCAACCUGAACUUCACCAAACCUCCCACCCCCCCGUGCAUUGCUCUUCCUCUUCUCACCUUCAACUGGCAUUCCGCCUCGACCUUCGUCGUCUCCAACAUACUGCGUAAAGAUACCUCAACGCAAAGCUCCCCUCCAUCAGCUACCAGCCAUUACACCCAUCUGUCCUCGAAACCACUUCGGUUCCAAAUCUCACGAUCCUUCUUCGCCGCCCGAAGAAGCACUGUCUCCCGUCUGCCCACCCGCACCGCACCCGCACCCGCACACCACCACCACCCACCCCAGCAAACCAAAGCUCCCCCAGGGCAGUCAUCGCCUCUGCUCCAUUUCUUUCUCUCUCUCAACGCACCUUGCCUGUAGCCGCCGGCCGCAACUACUCUGAGAGCACCACGAGAGGAGAGAAAGGUUCAAUCUACCAUCUUCUUGUCUUCCUACAAUCCCGCCUUCGUCAACAAUUUCCAGUCAUUGUAAGUAAUUCUUGCCUUUCUCCCUCUAGCUAGCCCUCCUCCAUCCAAUUCCUCUCUCACUUCGUGGUCCACGAGGCAGAAACAACACCACCAUCAUCAUCAUCCUUGAGCUUGCUUGCUUGCUUGGUCCGCCUGCCCUGCCCCUCAGCGACGUGCUGUGCCGUCAUCACCACAUUCCCCCUUCCCAGUCCCCUUCCCCCUUCUUCACCACUCGCUUCCACAACGCUGGACCGCAAUCCGCCGAAUCUUGCCCUGUUUCUCGGCCCGUCAUUAGCAGCUCACCUACACGCGAGAGAAGUGGUCUUUGCUGUGUGGUGACCUUAGUUUCCGCCCAAGGUGUUUCUAGGUAAGGUAGCUGCCUCGCUCGCACUACCAGCCUGCACGUACCUGGCAUUUUCCCCUCUGCCUGAGCGAAAAAUCACCUCACUGCGUGCUGCAUGCAUAGCGCAGCGCAUAUACACACAACACUGCCCACCCCCUCUUAUCCUCUCUGUCUUGUCCGUCUUCCACGUCCUAAACUUGUCCUGUCCUGGCUUGCUCUGCCCUCCUCUUCCUCCUCUGGCUGCUACCUCACCUCUUCCAAUACUUCCGCUUCCUCUGCUCCUCUCCUCGCCUUGCCACCAUUCGCCUUGCAUCGUCGCCAUCAUUCAUAUUCCCCUGCCCUGCCAUUUUCUCCCUCUCCCUGUCAAAAUACCUCCCCACCCCGCACCCCUCGACCGACCGUCCGUCAUCCUCGCUCAUCACUGCUCGUCGCACAACACGCUCCAUACCCUGCUCCAUCGUCAACCUAUCAAUCACCACCAACUCGUUCGAAUCUCACACUGCCAGACGGGCUGCUAAUCAACCAAAUCAUCAGCUCCCUGGAGACUGCUCAACGUCGACUUUGACACAAAUCCAGAAUUCCCUUAACGGGCAAGACUGAACCGAUUCCCGACGCGAAUCCGCUACCGGCGCCGCUCUCAAUUACAACCUGCCUCGCGACCAUACCUGCAUCCAUUUCUUUGGCUCUCGAAACAAGCGAUUGGUUCGUCGGCUCCCUACUUCACCCUCGUGCAAUUACCCUUGCACGAAUUCCACGCCAGCGAAGCAUAGUUCUCGUCCUCCGCUGCCCAUCACGGCCCGCCUUCGAGUCUCGGAUCCGUUACCCCUCACUCCUCUCGAUCUCAACUCGCCCAACAUCGGCCAACAAUAGCAGGGCUUUGCCGUGCUGACAACACCUUCCGAGCCAUGGCGCAGAACCGCCCCGCCGCCUUCAACACUCUCAGAAUGGGAGAGGUUAUUCGCGAAAAGGUCCAGGACGGGAUCACUGGAGAGACAAGAGAUCUCCAGUACACGCAAUGCAAGAUUGUCGGCAACGGCUCUUUUGGUGUCGUCUUCCAGACCAAGCUCUCGCCCUCAGGAGAAGAUGCGGCUAUCAAGCGUGUCCUCCAGGACAAGCGGUUCAAGAACCGAGAACUGCAGAUCAUGCGGAUUGUCCGGCAUCCCAACAUCGUACAGCUGAAGGCGUUUUACUACUCCAACGGCGAACGCAAAGAUGAGGUGUAUCUCAACCUUGUCCAGGAGUUUGUGCCCGAGACCGUUUACCGUGCGUCCCGUUUCUUCAACAAGAUGAAGACGACAAUGCCCAUUCUCGAGGUCAAGCUUUACAUCUAUCAGCUCUUCCGCGCCCUCGCCUACAUCCAUUCUCAAGGGAUUUGCCAUCGUGAUAUCAAGCCUCAAAACCUUCUUCUUGACCCUACUUCAGGCAUCUUGAAGCUUUGCGAUUUCGGUAGCGCCAAGAUCUUGGUCGAGAACGAGCCAAAUGUGUCGUAUAUCUGCUCUCGAUACUACCGUGCACCAGAACUGAUUUUUGGUGCCACAAACUACACUACCAAGAUUGACGUAUGGUCUACCGGUUGUGUUAUGGCAGAAUUGAUGCUCGGACAACCCCUCUUCCCUGGAGAGUCCGGCAUUGAUCAAUUAGUCGAGAUCAUCAAGGUCCUGGGCACUCCAACACGAGAGCAGAUUCGCACCAUGAACCCCAACUACAUGGAACACAAAUUCCCACAGAUCAAGCCGCACCCCUUCGCCAAGGUCUUUAGGAAGGCAGAUGCGAACGCUAUUGACUUGAUUGCGCGCCUUCUUGAGUACACCCCUACCGAGAGACAAGCGGCGGUGGAAGCCAUGGUUCAUCCCUUCUUUGAUGAGCUGAGAGACCCGAGCACGAGAUUGCCCGACUCUCGUCAUCAGAGCGGCGAGAUUCGAGAUCUGCCACCUCUUUUCGACUUCACUCGACAUGAACUAUCGAUUGCCCCGAACCUGAACCACCAGUUGGUGCCCGCGCACAUCAAGCCCGUACUCGCAGGAAGAGGAUUGGACAUUGACAACUUUACUCCGAUCCCAAAGGCCGACAUGAUGGCCAAAUUGGAUUGAGCCAGCCGAGGACUUGUCCAGGAACUCAGCGCACUCGUGGAUCGUUCCCGACUUAUCUCGGCUGCAAGCCUAUCGUUCGACCAGCGCACACCGAGAUGGAGUUCUUGCAUGAAGCGUAGGGGCAUCGGCCUCGACCGGACGAUGGACCAAAUGAUGAUGAGAUGUUACACGUGCGAUGACGACUUGAAGCUGGACUGCAUCGAAUGCUCAAAGCGCAAAGGCUUACUGGCGAGGAAUUGCGAGAUAUCUUGUGCUUCGUCAAGUGUCAGCCCUUCCACUACAGUGUAGAGGAGGUACGACAAGAACUGGGCUAUUGGGGUACGCCUACGGAUUCCGCAAUACAUGGCCACCUUUUCAUAGGAGGCUGCAUUGCUGCGUAUUGCAAAAGACGCCAUUCUGGACUAUAUCACGAUACAGGAUUCGGGAUGGCUUUCACUUUGUUCUUCACCUUAUUAUCGAAAACGCUUCAGGACGCUUUGGCAAACGAUUGUCUGGACGGUUCAGCCUCACCUUUCUUCGUCUUCUCGUCACUCAGUAUGGUCUGGCAAGACUUCCUCAAUUAUCAGAACUCGGGAGUGCGUGGAAGAUACUACGUACGAUUGUGGGGUCAAAUCAUCUCAUGGUUGUUGGUAGAGAAAGGAGGAAGCUCUGGAGUCGGGAUGCCCUCUCCUGUUGGUUGGGAGACGUGGGCGGUAGGUCUGGAUUGGUAUUAGGCAUGAUUCCGAGGAAAAGAUUUUAGCUUUCUCUGUUUAUUCAUGGCAACGCAACGACGGCGAGCCAAGGAGGUCAAUUAAAAGGGUCGGGACUGGCUACUUUGCUCAGACAUUGGGAAAGACUGCUGUUAUGAAUUUGGCUUGGAGUGGC